GUGCAUACCCUUUAUAUGAGUCAUUGUGUGUGUGUGAAGGAGAAAAAGACUGCAUACCUGAAACAGGGAUUCCCUCCCCAACAGAUGAAGGUAGCGACGCUGUGUGUGUUGGUGGCGGCACUGACACGGGGCGCCCUAGGAGUGUUGUCUCCCCCUGAGAGGUCCUACAAGAUCCUCAUUCUCCUCCCCGUCUCCACCAGGAGCCACAGGAUUGUCUUCAUGACCAUCGCUGAGGCUCUGGCUGACCGUGGACACAAGGUAGUGAUGUUGAUCAACCAACCCAAGUCGUCCACACAUCCCAACAUCCACGAGGUCGCCCACGGCCUCCCGCACCGUCAGCAUGAAAAAUUCAACAUGUUUGACAUGAGAAAGUCUUCGGGAGGAAGCACCAACGCCCUCGUGAGAACUCUGCCGCCCAUGGCCAGGGACAUGUACCAGGUGCCGGAGGUGAAGGAGCUGUAUGAGCGGAGGAAAGAGUUUGACGUCGUUAUGGUCGAUGCUUUGUUCAACGAGGCAGCUUAUCCGUUCGUGCAUGAGCUUCCCUUCAUCCUGGUGUCUACGUCAGGUAUAGCUAAGAGCGACGUCCUGGGAAACGUCCUCAACCCUGCGUACACUCCCAGCUUCAUGUUCGACUUCCCGUCACCCAUGUCAGCCUGGCAUCGUUUUCUCAACACACUCAGUUCUAUAGUAAUGUCUGUGUACUGGCGGCACUGGGCCAUAGUGCCUCUGAUACAGAAAGAGAUCUCGGCACAGUUCCCAGAGCUGCCGCCGCUGCUGGACCUGGAGAGGAACAUGAGUCUGGCGCUGCUCAACUCUCACUUCACCAUCAGCAAGUCGGUGCCCCUCCUGCCCUCACAGGUGGAGGUGGGCGCCAUGCACUGUCGCCCCGCCAACCCUCUGCCUCAGGAACUGGAGUCGUGGAUCACUGGGGCGGGGGCGGAGGGCGUCAUAUACUUCAGUCUGGGCUCCGUCGCUCGCGGCAACUCUAUGCCAGUCCAGUACCGCAACCUCUUCCUCCAGGCCUUCCGCAGGUUGCCGCAGCGAGUCAUCUGGAAAUAUGAGGGAGAGCUGGAGGACGUCCCAGACAACGUGAUGAUCAGCAAGUGGCUCCCCCAGCAGGACAUUCUCGCCCACGACAACGUGAAGGUGUUCAUCACACACGGCGGUCUUCUCAGCCUGCAGGAGUCCAUCUACCACGUCACGCCCCUCCUCGCCCUCCCUAUCUUCGGCGACCAGCCCAAGAACGGUAGAUUCGUGAGGGACUCUGGCCUGGGCCACUUUCUAGUGUGGGAGGAACUCACGGAGGACCUCAUUGUGAACGCUCUCACCGACAUCAUCAGUGACCCUAAGUAUAAAGAAAACGUGAUGAAGAUGUCAGCUGGGCUGCGGGAUCAGCUGAUCUCGCCCAAGGAGUUGGCUGUGUUCUGGACGGAGUAUGUCAUCCGCCACCGAGGGGCGCCCCAGCUGAGGUCCCCGGCGGCACAGCUCUCCUGGGUGGAGUUCCUCAUGCUGGACGUCCUGCUCCUCCUCCACCUGGCUCUCCUCGUCCUCUACUUCACCCUACGUCGCGUCCUGAGGGCCAUCUCUGCUAAGAUCUUCGGCAGUGGCGGAAGCAAGAAGAAAAAGGAUUAGGAUCACCUUGGAUUCAUCAUUCUCUUGUAUUAUUUACCGAAAUGUAGAAUAUAUAUUUGGUACCGAAGUUCAGUCUGCUAUCUGCGGUGAAGGGCGUCGGAGAGGAUGGAGGGCGUCAUGGGGAGGUGAAGGGAGUCAGGGAGGGUGAUGAUCAUCAGGGAGUAGAAUUUGUUACUCGCCUCACUGUACUAGGAAGAGAGCCUUAAAGUAUAUGAACAAGUUUUACUGGAGACAUUAAUCUCGGGGUAAGUUUUGACUCAACCUAUAGGCUGAAAAGAUUAGAGGGAUCACCUGAAGAAUCGUCGCCCCAGCCCACAGUGAAUAUAAUUUGCAUAAUUAGGAUAACAUAAAUACAUUCCUGUGUUUUAU